GCGCUAUCUGCUGAUAUUGUAUUAGUGCGAAUUGAGCUCAGCUCUGUAUAUCGGUCAUUUGCGCUCUCUGGACGUACCUGACUUGCAAUUUCCAUCAGCAGUACCUGGCCUUGUGUUCGCUAGCUUCUGGCUUUAAACCUCAGGGACGAUGGCCCACUUGAAGCAUCGCCACGCCGCCCCUUGCCGGGGAAGCUGCACAUCGCGCAUACGAUGCGUUAUCCCACGCGCAGCGGCUACCGUGGACCCAUUAAAUCUACUCAAAGGCAUUUUCAAGCCCGCGAACAACGGCACACCUGCCCCUCAAGGCGCUGAUUUCACCAAACAGGUCAUGAGCGAGGAGUCCAAGUACGUAUUGCAGACGUAUGCACGGGCCCCGGUCGUUAUUUCGCAUGGAAAGGGUGCAAAGGUGUGGGACGCGGAGGGCAAGGAGUACAUCGACAUGGCCGCUGGCAUCGCCGUUAAUGCCUUGGGGCACAGCGAUUCCCGGUGGUUCGCAGCGCUUGCAGAGCAAGCCCAGCAGCUCGCACACACAAGCAACCUUUACCACACCCAACCCCAAGUGGAGCUCGCAAAACGUCUUGUGGAAAACUCCUUCGCCGACAAGGCCUUCUUCUGCAACACCGGCACAGAGGCAAACGAAGGCGCCAUCAAAUUCGCACGGAAGUGGGCGCGCGUUCGCGCCGGCGUUGACCCUUACGACGCGAACGCCUCGGCGCCGUACGAGCUCGUCUCCUUCACGUCCUGCUUCCACGGCCGUACUAUGGGUGCGCUCGCGCUGACGUACAAGGAGCAGUACAAGACGCCGUUCUAUCCUAUGAUGCCGGGCCACCGUCUCGCCGAGUACAACAAUUUGGAUUCCGCACGAGCCGUGAUCGAGAAGGGCAAAACGGCAGCUGUGUUUGUGGAGCCCGUGCAGGGGGAGGGCGGCAUCACGCCCUCCAAGUUGGCCUUCCUGAAGGGGCUGAGAGAGCUGUGCGACGAGGCGGGGGCGCUGCUGGUGUUUGACGAGGUGCAGUGCGGCCUGGGGCGAACUGGCAAGCUGUGGGGUCACCAGCUGUACGGCGUCGAGCCGGACAUGAUGACGCUGGCCAAGCCCCUGGCAGGCGGUCUGCCCAUUGGGGCUGUGCUGAUGAAGCAGCAUGUGGCGGACGUCAUGAAGCCAGGCGACCACGGGUCCACAUUCGCGGGCAACCCCCUGGUGUGCCACGUCGCCUGCACCGUGUUCGACAUCAUCAACAACCCCACCUUCCUCACCUCCGUGGAACAGAGGGGAGUCAGGUUGCGCGAAGGUCUGAAGCGGACGAUGGGCGGCAACCCUCACGUGAAGGAGGUCCGCGGUGUGGGUCUGUUGGUGGGCGUGCAGCUGGACGUGAUGGCGGGCCCGGUGGUGGACACGGCCCGGGAGAUGGGGGUGCUAGCCAUCACGGCCGGCAAGGGAGACGUGAUCCGGCUGGUGCCACCGCUCGUAGUCGGCGAUGCGGAAAUCGACAAGUGCUGCGAGGUGUUGGGGCAGGCCCUGAAGCGCCUGUGACACAUCAGGGGGCGCCAAAUCAAGGGCCUCGAGAGUCCCUUGGCGAGAAGUGCCAGAUUAGGCCAUGGAUUCAUCAUGGGGAUUGGGAUUGGGCUUGGAAGAUGAAUUGAUAAGAGUAUGAUAACAAGCGAGUUGUAGGAGGGAGGGCGCGGUUGCCGGUUAGAGUUGGAGUGAAAGUGGAUUGGUUGCGAUACGGGGAGGGGACGUAUGUAUGUAUGUAUGCAUUUGUUGGCUUUUGACCCAAGCACCCGGACGACAAUGCACAGCAGGCAGUACAUACUGUUGGGUUUGGUAGGCAGAGGGUUUGGUACCUGCAGCCAACCGCAGUUGUACAGCAGGUCACCGCCACCGCCACCUUGUCUGCUGCUGUUGAUCUAGCUGGACUGUCUGGCCGGGCUGUCAUCAGUGUGCGCCGCGUCGCAGACAUCUAUGCAUGUAUGGUUAUGUGUAUGGUUGUAUGUUUAUACGUUAAGGGGUUGAGGCAGGAAGGGUUGCUGGAAAGGAAAAAGGGAGGGAAUGGGAUUCACGUGAUCAAUGGGGGGAAAGGAAGUGUUGAAUGAUAUCCAGAUGCACCCCCCUCAUGCGUCCGUGUGUGGGUGUAUGUGUCUGCCUAGGGAGGUGAGAGUGUAUGUAUGUACGUAGGCAUGUAUGCCCUUGCGUCGGGAAGGGAGGGAGCAGGUGGGGCCUGUUUGGAAGUGAAAGGCGGAGAAUGUUGUUUUAUAGUGCCGGUGUUGGUGGCUCGGUCUGUCGCUCAUAUGCCUGUAUACGAGCGAGAUUUAGAUUGGUUGUUAAAAUUGUUUUGUUAGCUGGAUACUGCCAUUACGCUCCAUUCUCUUUGGGAUGGUGGGAUAAGUUCCUACAGUUUCCACAUGCAGCGCGCAGUUCCGACACAGCAUAUGCAGU